GGCUGCGCGCCCCGGGGCUCCUCCCCGCUGUGGGGAGAGGGGUCGACAGCGCCCUGCCCCAAAGAACGGCGGGUAGGCCGGGUCCGGCUGCGGGGCCUCCAGGCCCUUUCUGCAGAGAUAAAGGAGGAGAGGCACGAAGCGGUCAGCCAGGGUCCGGUCGCGAUGGGACUCGGCCCUCCCAGCCCGCGAGCCCGACCCAGGCCCGGCCCUCCCUUACCGUUCUGGGAGCGGAUCGCUUCCCCAGUGCUGCGGUCACCGAACACGGACAAAGGCCCCUCCAUCUUCGCAGCAGCGAUACACGUUGAAUUCUGCUCACAACGCGGGAAACCAGUAUCGCGGUCCCUCGGCUGACCGGCGACCACAGCAGUGGCUGCGACGGCGUGGAGGGUACCCGAGCGAUGCCCCAGGAGCUGCUGGGGUGCAGGUUCGCAGCCCUCUCAACCAGCUCCAAGCCGGCGGCGAAGCCUGAAGUGCACCCUGUAGAAAAUGAAGCUGUCGCCCCAGAGUUCACCAAUCGGAACCCCCGGAACCUGGAGCUUCUAUCUGUAGCCAGGAAAGAGCGGGGCUGGCGGACGGUGUGGCCCUCCCGUGAGUUCUGGCACAGGUUGCGAGUUAUAAGGACUCAGCAUCAUGUAGAAGCACUUGUGGAGCAUCAAAAUGGCAAGGUUGUGGUUUCGGCAUCCACUCGCGAAUGGGCUAUUAAAAAACACCUUUAUAGUACCAGAAAUGUGAUGGCUUGUGAGAAUAUAGGACGAGUACUGGCACAGAGAUGCUUAGAGGCGGGAAUCAACUUCAUGGUCUACCAACCAACCCCAUGGGAGGCAGCCUCAGACUCGAUGAAACGACUACAAAGUGCCAUGAGAGAAGGUGGUGUGGUUCUACGGGAACCUCAGAGAAUCUAUGAAUAAAUGAAUAAAUGGAAGCAUUAAUUGUUUUGAACAUGUAAAUAUAAAACUGUCAGCCACUACAGCCAUCAAAAGAGAGCAUCUGGAAGAAUAGCCAGCUUGGAAGUUUUACAGCAAUAAUGUUGCAGUGGAAUAUUAUUUGUAGUUAAGGUCAUCCUCCUCCCCUUUCUGUUUUUUUAAAUCAAGAACUACAUUCUGCCCCUGUCUUGGGCUUCAGAAGCAUCUAAGAAAAGCAGUCGUCAAUUAUAAUUAACUUUCAAAGGGCAAGUCAGAAGUUGUUUAUAAAUUACAAAAUAAAGGCAUGUUAUGAACUCUUA